AUGCUGCGAUCCACCGGCUUCUUCCGAGGGAUUGACUGCCCUUUCUACUCCGACCACGGCGAGGGGAGAAGCGGAAGAACCGGGUGUAGCAGACCGUACUGUCACUUCAGACACAGCCGCGACAUACGCCUCUCCCACGGGGCUGCAGACGCCAAGAGGAACAAAGAACAAGGCUAUGACCCCUUCAAACCGAAGGUGGUGCACGCAGAGCUGCAGAAUGAGCCAGGGGCCACAUCGGGCGACAUCAAUGGGGCUUUGGCAUUGGUCAACCGGGCCAUUGAAGAGGUGCGCGGCCAGAUGGAGCGGGAGAAGAGGAAGCUCUCUCGAAUCGGAGACGAACCGUAUGAUCCUAGCGAGAAGGCCUCCCAGGAGAUCAUAAAACCAAAAGCAGCAGCUGCACAACUCGCUUAUGACCCCGGGAACUACCAAAUGACUUCUGCGGAUUAUCACCCCAGUCCUGGCUGCAGUAAGUACACGUUGGAUACAAAGGCCCAAGAAAACACUGCAAACUCUACGGAAUAUGUGCCCACGUCCACAGUCGUUCCUCAAAAACUUUCCCCGUCUCCUCCAAGUGUAAAAUAUUCCAGCAGCGCAAAGUCAAAAUACACCCUGGACAAUAGCAAGCCUUCUACAGACAUGGAAUACGACCCCAUGUCCAAUUACUCGGCGAGCAUCACAGGUAAGCGGAAGAAAGAAGCCAGCGGCAAACCCAACAGGAAAUCGCCCAGAAUGCCAUGCCCUACUGAGGAGUAUGUAGUUACGGUAAAAAAACAGACUGCAGAUGCUAAAAGGUACACAAUGUCAGACUCUGAUGGGGAGAGUUCAGGGUUGGAGUACAAACCGACUUCCAUCAGCAGCCUGCAGCUGAAAAAGAGCUGUAACGCGACGGAUGUGGAUGGAGCGAACGGGAGAUUAGAAAAAGUACGGACAGAAUAUGUUGAGAACGCACUGAGUCAAAGGAAUAAGUUAGAACUGAUUGACUUAACGCUGUCGGACAAUGACAAACUCAAGAGCAGUCCAAACAAAAAGAAAUUGGAUAGUGGAAAAGCGGAGAAGAAAACUCUCAAAGAGGCAAGCAAACCUGUAGCUAGCAGUAAGCGUAGCAGCGAGUUGGAAAAGUCAAAAGUGUUAAAAGUGUCAAAUCAUAGCACUUCAAAGAAAGAAAACAAAGGUCAGAUGGAAGUGGAGAAAAGCAGAGAUAAAAUCAAAACGAGUAAGGUGGCGUCCGAUUUAAAGGCCAAAUCAUCAGACAUAACAAAAAGCAACGCAAGCAAAAAGCGCCGCGCAGACUCUGAAAGUGGCGGCAGCGAAAGCAAGAAAGUCAAACCAGCCGAUAAAGGCAAAAACAAACACAACAAAAAUGGGAAACUUGAAAGCAGUAAGAGUUUGAAAAAUGUGUGGACGGAUGAAAUAAGCAGUUGUAGUAGCAUUAAAAGUACAGAUAAAACUAAAAACAGUCCUAGAAGCUCGAAGAAACCUGCGCAGAAAGAGCGCAGUUUGAGCAUAACUCAUGCCGAUCUGUUUGGCGACGAGAGCCCGGAGGAGGCCGAACCUUUCCAGGCGGCAAUCUGUGAUGACCUAGAGGAGGAAUCGGUGGUGCGAAAGUGCGCCGAGACUCUCAAGAGGCGUCUCAACAAGAGAAAAGCGUCCGAGAUGAGCCCACAAAGCUCGGACGAAGACAGUGACCGUGACGAGACUGCGGAAUUGGAGGUGGAAAGCUUAGGCGUCGACCUAUCCGGCUUUCAGGACGAUCUGGACUUUGAGUCGGACCCCCUGGAGGAGUGCCUGAGGAUAUUCAAUGAGUCUAAUGACGUCAAGAGAGAAGACAAGGGCAGGAAAGCCAAGCAGGCUGUACGGGAUUCAGACGAGGACAACGGCACUGACAGCACUUCAAACCCUCUAUUCCCCGGUCAGAAGAAGAGAGUCUCCCAUUUUGUGGCCAAAGGAAAUGUGGAGGCGCCCCCGAAGGCUGUGGUGAGACCCUACAAGCGUCUGACAGCGCAGGAGGCGUGUUACCAGCGGCUGCAGUUGGCUCAGCAGCAGGCGGCCCAGCUCAGAGCACAGAGUCAGGGUCCUGGGGCCUCUGGAGAGAAGAGGAGGGUCGCACAUCGGCCCAACCCAAACCCCACAACUAUUCACAUAGGUGUGGCCAAGUCCAAAACCAAGCCCAGCCGUGUGUCGUCUCCCAGUCAGUCCCCGGCGUCUGUGAAGAGUCAAACCACCGCCGGGAUCUUGUCCAAAACCACCUCCACCUCCAAGCAGAGGAGAGUGGCACACACGCCUACACUCAAGAGCACAUCGAUGAAGCGUCCAGUCAUCCCCAUAGAUUUUGGAGCCAAAGUACCCACCAACGUCCGGCAGCGCUACCUCAACACCUUCAUAGAUGAAUGCAUCAAGUUCUGUGCCUCAGACGAAGCUGCUUUCCAAAUGGCUCUGGAUGAAGAGAGCGUCGUGUAUGAGCGCAGCAGCAGUAAAAACAUUUACUUGAACAUUGCUGUGAACACUCUGAAGAAGCUCCGGAGCAGAGGAAACCCGUCUUCAUCUCCUGCCAGCAAGCCAGCAGCUGCUGUGUCGAACAGAAGGGCCCAGUCUCACGAGGAGGUUUUGGGGGGUCGUCUAGCAGCCACCACGAGCUUCACUGUCAACAGAACAGGCAAACAGAGCCAGGAGAAACUAAGCGGAGCAACGCUGUACCACAAGCUGAAGCCUUAUUUAAUGAGUGAGGAGCAGCUGCAGGAGCACGGGUAUCCCAGAAAGGACCCAGAGGCUUCAGGAAGGGCCCUCCUCUGCAAUGUCGAGAAGAAAGCGGCGCCGGUGGACCCCUUCAGCAAAGUGUGCUGUCGCUGCGGCGCUGAGUAUAAAGUCAACACCAGCGGAAGCUGCGUGCGGAAAGAGGAGUGCACCUUCCACUGGGGACGCUUACGCAGGCACAAAGUUUCUGGAGGUUGGGAGACAAGCUACAGCUGCUGCUCGGGGGCGGUCGGCGCUCUGGGAUGCCAGACUUCUAAGCAACACGUUCAAGACGGACGUAAAGAGUCCUUUGAGGGCUUUGUGAGCACUUUCAGUAAAUCCCUGCCUGCGGACGGCAACGCUGGAGUGUUUGCCUUGGACUGUGAGAUGUGUUACACAAAGCAGGGCCUGGAGCUCACCCGGGUGACGGUCAUCGACUCGCAGUUCCAAGUCAUCUACGACACGUUCGUCAAGCCUGCCAGUAAAGUUGUGGACUAUAACACCAGGUUCUCUGGGGUGACGGAGGAGGACCUGAGGGACGUCAGCAUCACUCUCAGAGACGUCCAGGCUGUUCUGCUCAGCAUGUUCAGUGCAGAGUCCAUCCUGCUGGGGCACAGUCUGGAGAGCGACCUGAUGGCUCUCAAGCUGAUCCACAGCUCUGUGGUGGACACGGCCAUCGUGUUCCCCCAUCGCCUGGGACUGCCCUACAAACGAGCUCUGAGAAACCUGAUGGCCGACCACCUCAAACGCAUCAUCCAGGACAGCGUGGGCGGUCACGACUCGAGCGAAGACGCCUCCGCCUGCAUGGAGCUGAUGAUCUGGAAGAUUAAGGAAGACGCCAAAGUGAAGAGAUGA